UCAUUUACCCUGUCCAUGGUCCUGGACAUAAAAUACCUUGAUCACCUGUACCAACGCAUUCCUUCUGACAAAACAAAAACAUACCACAAUAAAGUGUGUUUAAUAGUUCAUCCUUCAUCGUUGUAUUUCAGAUCAGCUUAUCCCCUAGGGCUGCCGGAAGAGUUUGCAUUUGUGGCCCUGUUGCGCAUGAGUGGCACCGCUAUCAACAAAAACUGGAAUAUCUGGCAAAUGCAGUUUGAAAAUGAAAAGGAGCAGCUGACCGUCGGACUCAACGGGGAGUCUCAGUCCCUGGAGUUCACCUUCACAGCAUUGGGCGCCGUGACGCACACUGUUGCUUUCGGCCCUCUGACUUUUCUUUUCGACGACAAGUGGCACCAAGUCCUGCUCUGAAUCAGCAGGCGCGCUGUAUACCUUUUCGUGGACUGUGUCAUGGUCGGCUCCCGGAAUAUACCACCGCGACAAAAAGUCAGCUUGGAAGGCUUCACGUUGAUCGGAAAACUAAAAAGACAAUCCAGCGGUGGCAAUUGCGGUACGUCCGCCAGAGCACCGCUGCACUGCUUAUGCAACUCAGAGGUCAAAUUACCCGCUGACCCUGCCUAUUGGUGGCGUUUGCAUUGGAGCUCCUCCCCUCUGCAAACCAUCCAAUCGCUUCCUGCAACCAAACACCGUAUGAAUAUACAUGGGCCCCCUCACGGCUGUGGGACCUGGGACGGUCUAGAUAGCUCCAGCCGAUUCAGUUGGCUUGUUUUGUCGGGGGGCUCCUUCAGCCCAACAAAUCCCAGAGAAAGGACUACAACAUUUUGCCUUCCUGCCCACGGCGAGAUCAUGGCUCGGGCCCUCAGUGUUAGAGGGCCGCUUUUGGCUCUGCUUCUGCAGCUUGUCCUUAUCUGCUCCGCUCAAAGGGGCCCUCUUGGAGCUGCCGGUCCUCCUGGACCUGCCGGUGUCCCAGGAAUUGAUGGCAUUGCUGGGGAAAGGGGAGACGAUGGCGAGGAGGGACUUCCUGGACCUGACGGAGAUGCAGGUAAACCCGGCUCUUCAGGAUUACCUGGAAUUCCUGGAAAUGAUGGUUUGACCGGCCCUUUUGGAGAUCCUGGGCCCGAUGGUCCCCCCGGACAGAAAGGUGAACCUGGAAAUGUCGGACCUCGUGGAGCCACUGGCGUUGGGCCUGAUGGACCCCCCGGACCACCUGGGCCUGGAGGACUUCUGGGUGAAUUGGGAAAAGCUGGACCACUUGGGUCCAUAGGUGUGAGAGGGCCACAGGGCCCCCGUGGACCAGCGGGGCCCAGAGGUGCAUCUGGAAUGCAAGUCAGUGCUGACCUGUGUCCCAACUCUUGUCCACCUGGGACCUCGGGGCACCCUGGACUUCCUGGCAUGAAGGGUCACAAAGGUGUAAAAGGCGAAGCAGGAGAACCUGGGAAACAAGGGCACAAGGGUGAGGAUGGAGACCAAGGCGGUCAAGGGGAAGUCGGAUCUCAAGGACCGAUGGGCCCUCAGGGGAUUCGCGGAGCCAUGGGAAUGAUUGGCCACAAGGGAGAAAUGGGAGCUCGAGGUCUUGAUGGAGAUCCAGGUCCCCAGGGUGUUGCAGGGGCAACUGGGGAUCACGGUCAAAGAGGCGGGAUGGGUGAGCCUGGACCUAAAGGCGAAACGGGUAUUCAAGGGCUGAGAGGAAUCUCGGGUGUUCCGGGUCCCAAGGGAGGCGCUGGCUUGCCGGGUGUGGACGGCCGCGAGGGUAUUCCCGGGAUGCCCGGAGGAAAGGGAGGCAUUGGGAAGUCAGGCGUCCCCGGAGAGGUCGGACUUCAGGGGCUUCCUGGUUUGCCUGGUGUACCAGGACCAAAUGGCUUGAGUGGUCCUAAGGGAGACGUUGGUCAAGGAGGCUUCCCCGGGACAAUGGGACCCGCUGGCAAAGAAGGCGAGCGCGGUGAGCCAGGAGAGCUCGGGCCUGUUGGACCGAUAGGAGAACCUGGAGCUGUGGGAGGACAAGGCCCUAUAGGUUCAGCUGGAAAGCCAGGUGCAAGGGGACCCAAAGGUGACCCCGGCCUUCCCGGCCUCCCUGGUCCUGCUGGCCUGCCCGGGGUGAAAGGAGAGAGGGGAGAACGUGGAGAUGGAGGACCCAAAGGAGAACAGGGAGGCCAAGGGGACGAGGGAGACCCCGGAGAGAAAGGGGAUCAUGGUGAGGCAGGAGAAUCUGGAUCUAAAGGAGAGGUCGGUAACCCCGGCGAAGUGGGCAAGAGAGGUCCCGAGGGCACUCGAGGUCAGCCGGGAAUUGAGGGGCCGCCUGGCUCACCUGGACCGAGGGGCAUGCAGGGGAACAGGGGUCAACCCGGAGUCAGAGGCUCCCAGGGCCCUGCGGGGAAAGAGCCCAGCGAUCAGCACAUCAAACAGGUUUGCAUGCGAGUCAUGCAAGAACAGCUGGCCCAGUUAGCCGCUAGUUUAAGGAGGCCAGAGACUGGCGUAGCCGGUUUACCCGGAAAGCCUGGACCUCCAGGGCAACCUGGUCCUCCCGGAGACAAUGGUUUCCCUGGGCAGAGUGGAUCGAGAGGCCUUCCAGGACUCAAAGGGCCGACAGGACAGAUUGGAAUGAAAGGACCCAAAGGCGAGAUGGGAGACAGAGGCUCCAGAGGGCCCACUGUACGAGGACCUAAAGGUCAGCAAGGACCUCCUGGACUUCCUGGUGAGGCGGGCAAACCUGGCUACGGUCAAGACGGUCGGGACGGACAGAGGGGACCUCCCGGCGUCCCUGGACAGCACGGGGUACCCGGGCCCCCCGGCGGGGCAGGUCCCAAUGGUUACUGCGACCCGUCAGCCUGCAACCUGCAGGCGGGGGCCGCCCACCAGUCUCUGGACGUGAAGGGACCUGCAGGGAACUAAGAGCCACUCUGGGCCUGGAUACAAAGACUGUUGGAUCAGCUCCUCUGAGCACGCAACAUUUUUCACGGUUUUUGUCCCAGGGCCCGCCGGGGGGGUUUGUGUGGUGAGUUCCGCCCAUUAACCUCUGGUCUUGGGAACAUGUUUCGUGCCAACCACAUCACUGACAACAAAAGAAAAAACAUUAUUUUUGAUGUGCUGCAACGAUCUAGCUUGUUCUUGUGUUUUUUCUUUCUUACCCGAGGGAUCUUUUGAUAUUUUCAGGAAGGUGUGCUCACAUUUCUGAGACGAAAUGACAUGUGCAGAGAUGUUUGUUUAUCCCUCUCUCCUUGUACCCGGCCUGCCUUUUUCUUUUUAUGCUCGACACUUACGGGUUUCUUCAAUAAAAGCUCCUCCACUUUCUCUCAGAACAUUUCCAAUAAUCACCCAAAGCAAAUCAGGAUUAAGAAUUAGUUUGGUUAAAGUGCCUUUUUCUAAUUAGUUCUGCUAAUGUGCCAAUAUACCAAAGAUAAACCUGCUGAACGCCCAUUUUAAAAUAUGUUGUUUAAGCAUUGCUCAGUAGAGAAGAUGAAACCUCAAUGUUUUGAGAAUGUUGUAAAUCUGUAAAAAAAAAUGUUUGAAAUUGUGAUCAAUUAUAUUUCCCACGAAACAACCGGAUGUGAGAUUUUGCCUCAUUGUACAUAAUGACAACAGAGUGCAGACGUGCAUAUAUUGAAAUAUAUUUUUGGGAUGAGGGGUAACCUCAUUAAUGUAACAAAUAAAGAAAACAACACAUGAAGUGA